AUGAAAGACGAAGAUAAAGACUCGGGUCCUGGCUUGCGCGUCCGGGCGGCCGGGUUGGGCGGCCUCCUGCGUGCGGCUUCCUCAACGGACGCCGAAGUCUCUUACCCGGCCGGGACCCGGCGAGCGUCCGAGAUGAGUGCGGCGAGUGCGGCUGGACCUGCGGCCUCAGUGGCCCCACUGGCGCCGCCUUUAGAACAACUCCGGCACUUGGCCGAGGAGCUGAGGUCGCUCCUGCCCGGGGUGCGGGUGGGCGAAGUCCAGGAGCCCACCAAGGAGUUCCAUCGCGAGACGUUUUGGAGAAGACUCAAUGAGGCGGCCGUGAUCGUGUCAAGGGAAGCCACGAUUCUGACCACAGCCUUCUCUCGACUCCCACCGCCUUCUCCACAGGAAACCCAGAGGUUCUGUGAGCAAAUCCAUGCUGCCAUAAAAGCAAUUACUGCAAUUUACUACUCAUUCCCCAAGGAACAAGGAAUCACCCUGAGAAAGCUUGUACGGAAUGCUACUCUGGACAUCAUGGAUGGCGUGGCUCAGCUUGUGGAUGUGCUUGUCAUACCAGUCCAAAGCCCUGAGAACAAUGACUUUAUUUCCUGCAAUAGUGUCUGUGUGGCAUGUGAGCAAGUGCCUCGGAUACCAAGAGAUAACAAAGCUGCAGCCCUUUUAAUGCUGACAAAAAAUGUGGAUUUUGUGAAGGACGCAUAUGAGGAAAUGGAGCAGGCCAUGGAAGAAUAUGACCCUUACUCUGGCCUCUUGAAUGACACUGAAGAAGACAAUUCUGACAACCAUGGUGAUGAAAUGGAUGUUCUGGAGUUUCCAAACAACCAAGAAUUAUAUUGGUCAGACCAAGAUCAAGAGCUUCUGGUUCCAUGUCUUGCACUGGCAAGAGCCUCUAAAGCAUGCCUAAAGAAAAUCCGGAUCUUAGUGGCGGAGAAUGGGAAGAAGGAUCAGGUGGCCCAGUUGGAUGACAUUGUGGAUAUUUCUGAUGAAAUUAGCCCUAGUGUGGAUGAUUUGGCUCUGAGUAUUUACCCACCUAUGUGCCGCCUGACUGUGCGAAUCAAUUCUGCAAAACUUGUAUCUGUUUUAAAGAAGGCACUUGAAAUUACGAAAGCAAGUCAUGUGACCCCACAGCCAGAAGAUAGUUGGAUACCCUUACUCAUUAAUGCCAUUGAUCAUUGUAUGAACACAAUCAAGGAGCUCACUCAGAAUGAACUUGAAUUAUGAGUUUUAGGGUUCCUUUGUAUACUCCUCUCUUGUUUUCUUACUCAUAGGUGGGUAUUGAUGUAUACUUUUUAAAUGAGGAGGAAGGUUUCCUGGAUUAAAAUGGGCCCUCUUGUCUACCUAACUGGAGACACUGUUACCAAAGAUUGUUGGCUAGACCAGAUUGGUAAUUAUUUAUUAAGCAUAAUACACAGGAUAUGAUUUUUAUGCUAGAUAGAAAAGAUAAUUGCAUCAGUUUGUGCUCCUAAACAUUUUUGGGAGGUUCCUGGGGAAGUUGUUUUAUUUUCUGUUUGCAAUAAAGUGUGUUGUUUCUCUGUUAACAAUGUUGAUGAUCUCAGUAAAAUGUGUAUCUGCCAGUGGUUCA